AUGGGACAGGUGGCCAACAUGGUAGCUAACAGAACUCAAGGAUCAUUGCCUAGCAAUACUGAAACGAACCCGAAGGAGCAUAUGAAGACAAUUACCUUGAGGAGUGGAAAACAACUAAGGGAACAACAAGGGAAAGAGCCUGUUAAAGAACAAGUAAAAGAACAAACUCAAGAAGAGACUGUGGUCAAAGAGAAGCUAAAAGAGAAAAAGAAAGAGCCAAUAAAGCCCUACAAUCCAUCAGUUCCUUUUCCUCAAAGGCUCAAGCAAAGUAAUGAUAACAAGAACUUUCUGAAGUUUUUGGAGGUCUUCAAGAAACUACACAUAAAUAUUCCAUUUGCGGAGGCAUUAGCUCAGAUGCCUAGCUAUGCCAAAUUUUUGAAGGACAUCCUUUCCAAAAAGAGAAGGCUAGAGGACCAUGAGAUAGUCAUGCUCACCGAAGACUGCAGUGCAAUCAUUCAGAACAAGUUGCCAUCAAAAUUAAAAGAUCCAGGGAGUUUUACAAUUCCAUGCAAUAUUGGCAAUAUCGAAUUCACUAAAGCAUUGUGCGAUUUAGGUGCUAGCAUUAACUUAAUGCCUUUAUCUGUUUUCAGGAAGCUUGGACUAGGGGAUGUGAAACCGACCAGUGUUUCAUUACAACUAGCUGAUCGAUCGGUGACAUAUCCUAAAGGCAUAGUGGAGGAUGUAUUAGUCAAGAUGGACAAAUUUAUCUUCCCAGUGGAUUUCAUUGUCUUAGAUAUGGAGGAAGAUAGAGAGGUACCUUUGAUAUUGGAGCAUCCAUUCCUUGCAACUGGCAAGGCACUUAUAGAUGUCCAUGAGGGUAAGCUUUCUUUAAGAGUGGGACAAGAAGAGAUUAAGGAGUACAGAGGGAACAUCUCUGUCCUCAUGCUGCCUUUGAAGCUCAUUACUUAUGGAGGCAAGAAUGAUGCAUUUGAUAGUCAUACUGUCAUUUUUCUACAUCUUAUAUAUGCCCCUUUCCUCUUCGGAAGCAUCUUCCCCAAGUGA